AUGAGAACACGUCGGAAUAAGACACUUCUUACAGAUGCCCAACCCGUUAUUCCCCAUAACGUCGAUCUUCAUCAGCCAAACUCUACUGCUCCUGAACUGGGUCAACUGUCACCCACAGAUCGUCGUGGAUUUGUGAAUGUUGAAUCAGGGAUGCAGACCGAAGAGAAUUUUGAUGCGGAUACCGCUCAGUUGGUAGAGCAACUCGUUAGCGCUGCCAUUUCAAAAGCGACGAUCACAUUGGAAAAAGAGCUCGAGAUCGAGGGUGUACGACUACAGGCCGCCAAAGAUCAACAAAUUCAGCAGGAACUGCUAAUGAGCAGACUGCUAGCCAUGCAAACAUGUAACGAGGUUUUGAUUAAGUCGAUUGCACACUUGAACGAUCAGCGAAAGAUUCCUCCGAAUAUGAAGAGCGUAGGGUCAGACACGAGAUCUCUAGUUCAAGUGAAAAAUACGGAUCUUAUGAAAACUGACGCCCUAAUCAAGCGUGGACAGAUGGAAAUGGCAAAGGGAGCGUUUAAAACACAGCUUGAAGUUUUAGAAAAAGUACAUCCUGAACAGUACGAAAAAUACAAAAAACUGAAAGUGGAAGAUCUCGCGGCCGACGCGGUUAUGCAGCAAGCCGAAAUGGCGAAACUCCAGCCGAAAACAGGCAAGUACCGACCUUUCCGAAUUUUCUGCACGAAAACCUCUCAUCGCGAAAUACGCAACCCCUUGAUAGACAUGCUGAACGAGAACGGAAUCCCAAUUUCAAGCAGUUUGAAAGGUCUUGAACAAGCGAUUAAAACCCAGAAAGAAAUGGAAACACAAGAUCCAUCUGAGCAGAUUGCAAAAGCAAUACUGGAGAAGUUCCAGCAGCAGAUUCUUCCGGGACUCGUCGCAAACAUGAUUGCCGGUAGAAACCCAUUCAAAAUCCCUCAACCAAUGAGAGGACCGCAGCCGGAACCAGCUGAAAUUAGAAGGAUGGCUCUGCAAUCGGCGGACCAAAGCGUACCGUACAACUAUGAGAUGUUGUCACGAGCUGCACUCCAGGGCAGCGGUUACGCCGGCAAUGUUGCUCGAGGUUUUGUCGAAGAAGAUGGAGAGCGAGGACUUGUGAACAGGUUGCAUAGCAGUCCUCGACUCCGUUCCCUGCUUGAAAACCCGGAAAUUGCAUCUGCGCUCAGCUACAGGCGAAUGCGAGAUGAACCAUUGCACGGAAGGCCUCUUGGAGAUGAAAAUGAUAUAGAAGAUACUCGAAAAAAGAUAAAACUUGACACGAAAUCAGCUCUAGUACUAGGUCUUCAUGAAACGUUCGAAGAACAGGACAAAGAUGACGAAGAGCGGGAAAUGAACGAAAUACGGCGAUCGCCGUUCUCUUUAUCACCGGAAUUCGUCAAUUCUUUGAGUGGGAAUCCUGAACUAAAAAAUGCACUCAAGGAGAUCAAGUACAGAGUCAACGACGUCGAAAAGUACUUGGAACCAAAGCCGUUGAUGCGGAAUCCUAAACCGCAGCCAGGCUAUUUUAUACCAAGAAAACUUCCUACAAGACCCCGCAAAAUGCUUCCCCUUAUAGUUGGAGUUGAUCCUGAGGAGGAGAACAACGCUGAGAUUCGCCGAAUGGCCAUAGGAAACCCGGAUGGGUUUAUCCAGAAGAAGUCCAGGGUGCUGACCAAUUUGCAAAACAACCCCAACAUUGCUCCUCUGUUUAUGGACGGAAAUCUUGAAGGGAUCCUUAGCGGCAGAGAAAUCCUGACUCCAGAACAAAAAGGCAAACGACCAGCGAAACAAAUCAAAGCUUAUCCGCGCUUAUUUGGAAGCAAAACUUACAACCCAUUGGAUGCUAAAGUGUCACAGAUAAUUGAAGAAAGGCCCAUUCCACCAUUAGUGUGGGUCCCAAAAGGAAGACACACUCGGCUUCGAUGGGUCGGAGCAACAGAGAAGGAGAUUCCAGGUAUUGGAGGGCGAUUCAUAUUACCUUCCCUGGAUCCCACUGUGCCAGCAGUGAACACCGCAUAUUCGACACAAGGCCGAGCAAGAGAUGAAUGGGACACAAUUUUUAAAAUUCCCAACGCCUGGAAUGCCGGCGACGAUGUAGGAUUUUCCGUGAAAUCAAAAAGUCAGCGAUUUGUGGGAGGAAAUGGAGGAUUCGAUAUGCCUGCUGCUCAUCUCAGGAAGUAG